AUGCGCUUCUUCAAGGCCUUCAACCUUCACCGUCGAACUAAAUCUGCCACAUUCGUUCCCGGGUCUGUUGGCCCUCCCCUGGCAUUUGCUUCUAUCCAUUCGAAAAGCACUUCUUUGUCAACCAAUGAAUCCAAAGGCGUCUCUAUCCCUCCGCUUUUCGAUCUUAUUGGGCCCAACCCAAGCGUCCCCCUAACUGCUGUCACCGACCUCUCGGCUGAGCAAGACCACACAGUCAGCAUUUGGAAUUUCAGACGUCCCGAUGGAAGAAGUUCAAUUAACAGCCUUCCAAAUGCGAAAUUGCCUCAAUUGAAUAGUCUGGACUCUUCUCUGAAAUCUAUGUCUCGUGAGCUUUCCCUGGUCUAUGGCUUUCUGCACAACUGUCAACAAGAACUCGUGGCGGAACGGGAGACAACCAAGGUGCUGGAGCUUAAAAUCGCCCAAGAUGCAAGGGAAAUGCAGGAGCUACGUGGAGCGCUCUCUCGCUAUGUCCAACUCGUGCAGGACUUGAAGGAACCUACAGCCCAAGGGUCAAGUCACCCCAGCGAACCAUUGGCACCUCAAGUUUCAUCCAUUCCAGGGUUCGCAACGGUGAAGAUCAACCGUGCGUUUGGGUCGCAAGCAUCGAUGGAUAUUCCGAGGAAGCACUGUACUGCUGACGAGUAUUCAGCUGCUCUUCGUAUGACGCUUGCCACGCGGAAGGAACUUCGGGAACAAAGAAAAGUAACCAAAUUCUGGAAGAACGUGGCUUCCAAUCUCCAAGAAGCGCAAGAUAUCAUAACUCCGUCAAGUUCUGCGAUAUCAUCUAUCCGUCAUGUCCUCCCAGUCGACCGCCAGGCUGCAGUAAACGCCCUGAUUGCGCGUCGCGGAAUCCUCGUCAACAGAAACCAAUCUGAAAAGGACGCCGCAAUUUAUGCAUCUUCUUCGCAAGAUGCCUUCCAAUCUGCGGCGGCGAGAAUGGUUGCGCUUCCUAGUAACCCGUCCUCUCUUAUAUCCUCCUCUUCCCACAGUUCUGCCACAUCUCGUCUCAUGCCUCUUGCAAGCGAGUCCUUGAAAGUGGAAAUGAACUUGCAUUUCGGAAUUCUAGAGGACUCGAGUAUUCUCUCAUCGAAGAAUAAGCGUCGAUCCUACCCUCUUCGGUUGAAUGCCUCUCCGUCUGCUUCUAGCACUCAAAAAUCCUCUAUGAUUCCUAGGGUGCAGUCGAGCAGCAGGAUGAGUUUAAAUGUCGAAUCAUUUGGAGAUAUCAAUAUAAUGUUUGAGAAUGGAUUGAGUGGAGAUGACAAUGGAAUGAAGAAAGCAAAUUUCCAGCCCCCCGCAGGUUCACAAGAUUCGCCAACAACCGCCUCUAUGUCGGAGCAGAUACCCUUGGCUUCUUGUAUUAUCGACAUCUCGCUUCCCACAGGAAACUCCCAGGUGCUACUAGACUACCAAAGUCAGGUUCAGCCUGAGGCGCAUGAUCCUGGUACUACCCGUUUAUCUGACGGCAUGAGCUCCCAACAAGGAAGCAAAUCUCGCAAAGCGUAUGGCUCCUGGCAACGCUAUAUCUCAAAGCACUAUGCAGCGAAUCGUUCAAGUCAGGGGAAAGGGACUCCAACAUUGCCAAAGCAGAACACGUUCAAGAAGCCUGCAGGGAAGGAAAACAACAUCUUCUCCGUGUCAUUUCCAAUCGCCAGAAAGAAAGUAUCACGGCUUCCUGUCCCCACUUUCGGAAAGUAUGCCGCAUAG